GGAGAGCUAUCGCGGUAGGCCUAAAACGCUGCGAUCCCGAAAUAAUCGUUCCUCGUGGGAUGCUUCGCAAUGACCGCCGUACGAGAUCGCGUGCACCGUCUUCAACCGGGAGACGACAAGGUGACGGGCCGCCGUGACCGCAAGCGGCGAUGAAGCCGCGUCGAUCAUCGACAAGCCGUCGCGACGUUCGACAGCAAACCGUCGGGGCCGCCAUGGGUUGGAUGCCUGUCGCGGAUCGGCCGCUUCUGUGUGUGGUGCCGUGCUGCUAGCGUGUGCUUCGGCUGUGCUCGGGCGCCCGUGAACCGCCGCGAAAUCGCGCGCCCUUCCUUCCGCACGAGCCUGUGUGCCCGAGAGGCCCGUGCGUUGAACGUGUGAUGUAAACUCGAGUCAACGCGCUCGUUCGCGCCAUUUGUGGCUGGCAGAAAUAGCCAGUGUUUCGUUCGGCUGUUGUUUUUUUUGUUUGUUUAUUUUGCUGCAUCCCACCACAAACCACCGCUUCGUGAGUGUCUCGUCUUCUCUGCUGGACUCACAAUCGCCGAUCUCCCGAAAGCGCUGCCCAAAAUCACAUGGCAACAACAUGACUGAUCAAGCAUGGAUGUCCCGAUCAGUGAUUCAGAGGAACUGUGCACCGCGCUUAGGUGACUUUCGGAGAAGAUGCCAAGGAAGUUCAAAACACAAGAUGGGAAUCCGUCUGAAGCCAUCCGGGGCCUCUGGGAGGGAGCAUACGUGUCACAGUUUGUGCGCCUCUUUCAGCGCAAAUUUGGAUUUCAGAGCCUAACAACUCAGGAAUUGGAAGACUCUCUUCUCAAUCCCAAGAGCCUGGUUGUUCCUGAUAUCUGCGCUCGGCUGCUCAGGUUCAUCACCCGGCAGUCCUCCAUUUUGAUCUCUAAUUUUGAAGAAAGCCUUGCUGAACUCUUGCAAGAAAAGGAAGUUCAAUUCACCAAGGCACCCUGGAGGGACCUCUCUCCAGGAGACAAGCUCCUGACCGUCAAGUGGUUGCUGGACUAUGCGUACGAGUCUCAGGGAGAAGAGCUGUCUGAAUUCUUGGACGACCACUUCGACGCUGAGGAUUUGCGUGGCAUUCGUGUAGGCCAAGACGCUCUUGACAAUGUUUACUGGUAUCUCGAAGACCUGCGCCUGUAUCGUGAACUGUGCCCCAAGAAGCCCCAACGCAGCCGGGAGUGGGACUGUGUCUGCCUGACAGUGUCGGACUGGCAGGGCUUCCUCAAGCAGUUCCGCAAGUCCUCCAACCCGCGGGAGAAACAGUUGCACACCUUCCUCUCAUCGCACCUCUUCCCCGUUGUCCAGGCACAGGCACAGGCAUUGAAGUGUGAAGAGCGUGACUUGGAAACAGAGAACCGUUGGCUUCUCGAGCGGGAGCAGCGCGAGAUUCUCCUUCCUCGGCCGGGUUCCGACAUGAAGUGCAACGGGGCUCCCUCAGUGGAUAAGGCCGCCACUGAGCCUCAGCCCGCAGCAGCGGCCGACGAGUGCGGGCCCAAGGCGGCACCGGCGAAGGAAGCAGCGCCUACUUGUCCGGCCGAAGCCGCCGGCGCAGGAAACAUUGGUCGCCCUCCUGGCACGCCAGUUUCUGCCGCAGACGUUGCCGCAUCUGGCGGAGUUCUUGUCAACGGGGGUGCAAGCCUUCCACCUGUGACUGGCCCAUCCUUGGCUGACAGUGGAACGCCAAUGUCCAUGCUGGGUGAUAACCCGGGUGAUGGCAUGGUCGCAGGCAAUAAGGAUAAUCCGGGAGCUAUGGCUGUGCCAACCUCCUCCGAUGCUGCAGCAGCAGCGGCUGGCCCCAUGCUGCCAUCGAUGUCAACGCAGCAGCAACAUCAGCAGCAGCAUCAGCAACAGCAGCACCAACACCAGCAGCAACAGCAACAGCCCAUGGGGGUGCCACAGCACCAAUUACCACAACACCCACACCACCAUGCAGGCGGCACCCUCACCAUGGGAAGCGGGGCACCACAGCACCCUCAUGGUGGCAUGCCCUCGCACCUGAUACCACCUCAUCAGCAGCAUCCGCAGCCACAUCCUGGAGUCGGGCAGUGCAACCCACUCGCAGGUUCUGCACACAUGGCUGGGGGAAACAUGGCCGUUGGAGGACCGAGCCCCAUGGGGGGACCGGGCAUGGGUGGACCUCAGGUGUUACCCCAUGGUGGCAACAUGGGCACUUCAGGGCUUCACAGGCCGCCAUCGGGGUCAUCAAUGCCCCCUGGUGGAGCAGGCUGCCCCAUGCCUCCGCAGGGUGGUGCAGGUGUUGGUGGUGGCGGUUUGGAAGCACAGUACAUGCAGCAGCAGAGCCAGAUCUUCGUUUUCACGACAGGCCUGGCAAAUCAGGCGGCCGAGGCUGUGCUGACUGGACAAUGCCCCAGCAUCAUUGCAUUCCAUUGUGCACAGCCAGGAACUAAGCGUAUCCUUGAGAAACACCCCCUCAAGAUCCAGCAGUUUAGCAAACAGAACCCGGCUGCCUGGCUCAACACUCUAGCCCAAAUGAAGCAGCGAGGCGCCCAGGGUAUGCCGGGGGGCCCCAUGGGACCGACUCCCGGUGGUGGGGCCAUGAAGGUCCCCCAGACAUUUGGCCCCGGGUUCUGCGGCCCUCCUCACGCGUGUGGACCUACCCAUCCCGGAGGAGCUGCCUGGCAGCCUCAGGAAUCUUGGGGGGCCGGCCCCUACGGCCCCGCAGGCAUGGCGCCGCAGCGGGGCCCAUCGCCGGCCAGCAACCGAGGACCCCAGCAGGGCCAUCAUCCUCAAGGCUGCGGACCACCCAACGGUGGCUGCUUUCCCGCAAGCGGAGGGGCCUACCCUGGCAUGGGAGGACCCGGUUGUGGUGGCAAUCCGGCUCAGAUGAAUGCGGGAGUCAAAGUGCCGGACGAAAACUUGACACCCCAGCAGAGGCAGCAUCGUGAAGAGCAGCUAGCGAUGAUCCGUAAGAUGCAGAAGCUGCUCUUCCCAGACCAGCAAGUCAUGGGCAACGCUACAGGCCCCCCUGGCCAGCAGCAGCAGCAGCAGCAGACUGGGGCUCCCCAGCAGCCACAGGGGGGUGGGGUGCCCCCCCGCCCUAGGGGCCCCGACCAGUUUGGGCACUGUGGGGACCACCAGCAUGAAGGUGCAGGCAUGCCUCCGCAAAUGCAGCAGCAGUCACAGCCGCAGCAGCAGCAACACUUCGGUCCAGCUCCCACGCAGGAGCCUUGUUCCCAACAAAAAAGAAAAAGAAAAAAAAGAGAAAAUGUUUCAUCUCAACCAGACGGGCAGAACCUCGGAUUGCUACAAAGAAACAUCCACCAGAAGCCAGCGACAGUGAAGCGUGAAGAAUGGAUCACGUCUUCAGCCUCUGGAAACCAGGCAUGCUGUUGUGCAGGGCCCCAGGGAGCCAUGAUGGGCCAUCCGCCGGCUGACUGGCAAGCCCAGCAGCAGCAAGGUGGCAUGACGGCCCAAAAGCCAUACCUCGAGGAUCGACGCCGUAAGGGGGCUGCUGCCACCAAUCAACCGCAGGGGCUCUUCCCAGCGUGCGGCAGCGAGUUCUCGGCCUCCGGCUCGCCCAGUGGCUACAUUACGCGGCCAGGAUCCUGCCCCAACCCAAACUUCAAUAAUGGUACCACGGGUCCUGUGGCUAGCUCUACGGGCAACAGGCCCAGUUCAUGUGCCGGCUUUAAUUCUCCUGGUUCCUUCUCAAAUCCACCGACGCCUUCGGGGUUCCCUGGUGCGCCGGGAGCCAGUCCAGCUGGCCCAUCAUCUAGUUUUCCUUCUGCGCCCGGUGCCAGCCCCGGCAUGGUGUUCAGUCCCGGUGCAGUAGCCCAGCAGCAGCAGACAGCUGCAAGCUCCUUCGGCGGUCGGCCUCCUGCUCAGUGUGGCGCAGGCGGAAGUCAGUUCCCGGGAUCCGCACCCUGCGGCAGUCCAGCACUCCAGCCAUUCUCGCCGUCAGUUCGUGGGUCCUCGGGGUCCAGCCCACCAAACUACGGGGCAGGCGGGGCAGGCGGCAGUGGGAGUCCAGGCACCGUCCCGCCACCACCGAGGAGUCCCGCAUCUGGCGCAAGUCCACGUCUCCAACAGGGGCCACCGCCACCGUACGGUGCGAGGGGUCCCAUGGCACCCAGUCCCCACCCACCGACGUCGCCGUCCCCUCGUCUUGGCACAGCAUCUCCAGCGACCGACCCUGGUGCCCGGCAAUUCUCACAUCCUGUUGGUGGUGGUCGGUUGGCCAACCCCAGCCCCGGCAGUGUGCAGACGACACCAUUGAGCUCGCCCAAGCCCUGUCGUGGGGGACCUCACACACCUACCACACCCGGCGGGGGCAGUGCCGUGCCCAGCCCGUCGUCGGCAGGAAGCUCACGGAAGCGGUCAGCCACUCCACUCACGCAAGAUCAGCCAGAGUUUGUCACUGGCAUCAAUACAUCUGCAUCAACGGGUGGGGCUACGCUAGGUCAUCCUGGUGGUAUCAAAGGCGAGCCCGGCCUGAUGCCAGUUCCCUCGCCACAGCAGAUCCAGUACCUGGGUUCCUUGGAGAGCCAGGAGCUUACUAUCCAGAAGCAGGCCAACCUGGGGGUGCCCGACGGCUCCCUAAGCGCGCAGGGGGGACCCCCUCAUGGGGGGAACCCCAUGGGCCAGAACCCCAUGGGGCCAACGGCAGCGACACAGGGGGUGAUGUCCCAGCAACAGGGCAUGCUGCAAAGCCUCGGACACCCAUCAGAAAUCCCGCCUCUGGACAUGGGCCCCAGUCUGGCCUCUGAGAUCCAGGGAUCUUACCACUCUUCGUGCUCCUCUGGCAUGGAAGGUGCCGCUCCCCGCAUGGGCCCGGCCAUGUCGGAUGGUACAGGGGGUCCGCGCUUUGCAACGAGUCCCCCUUAUGACACGCGAUUCCCAGGAGGAGCACCGCACGAAGCACCCGGCUUUGGCUACAUGGACCCCCGGUGCAGGGUUGGUGUAGGGCCCGAGCCAGACACGACGGACCCGUCGCACCAGGGCCGCUACCCUGCAGCACACCACCAGGGCUUUGCUACGGGUGCCAUGCCGCCGCAUCAGGGGGCUGCAUUUCCUGGGGCUUCCCAGGCGGGGCCAACAACGGGGGCACGCGAUUUUGGCGAGCCGAUGAUGGGCGCUGCGGGCUUCCCAAGGCCCGGCGGCGGCUAUGUCGGUGAUGUUCCCCACUCGCCCCACAUCCAGAGCCUGCAGAAGAUGACGCCCCCUUUUGAUGGCAGCGGCAAAGGAGAUGUGCCAGCAGACCCACUUAACGGACCCCAUCGUGGAAGUCCUGGCUGCUUGGUGCCUCUCGAACCAGCUUCGGCACAGUUUAUGGGCGGCGGUGGACCCAUGAUGUCUCACGGAAGGGGAGCUGCCACGGCUGCUGCAGCACCGUAUCCUACGAUGGCCCCUGCCCGCAACUCACCUGGACCUCGUGCACGGGGUCGUGGCUCUGCGAACUCUGCUGCAGCUGCUGCUGCAGCAGCAGCGGCUGCUUCCUUCGGAGGUGGAGCCAAUGUGCAAGUGAAACUUGGUGCCCCCAACACGAUCCAGUACCUCCCCGCACGACCUCAGAACCCAGUGGCAGCACCGCCGCACCGAGCACCGAGCUUGGAUUUCCUCCAGCGUUUCACAACGCCGCUAACCAACCUCGACACAAAGGUGCCCACGCAGAACCUACAGUACUUCCCACCAUCAGGACCACCCCAGAGGACGGGUCCCGUCAUGAUGAUGCGAGGUGGGCCCAGUGGACCUGGGGCCUAUGCAGGAGCACGCGGGUUACCCCCAAUGGACGCAUAUGGCGGGGGCCCCAAUGGUCCUCAGCAUGGAGGGAUGCCUGUCAAUGCUAUGUUUCAGGGCGGCAAGGGACUGCGGCCGGCAUCUCCCGGAGGUGGCGCCGGUGGUGACGUAGUGUCGCAGCCGCUGCCUCCGACUGUGGGGCAGGCAUUCAGUUACAAGCAGGGCCCCUUCUAUGGACCCACAACAGCCGACCCCAACUAUGCGGUGCAGUUUCACAACUUUCAGCAGCAGCUCUACGCCACUAACACCCGCAGCCAGGGUGCAACAACGUCUGGACCGUCGGGCGCGACAGCGGCUGCCGCGGGGUUCUUUGGCCCAAAGUGACUUGACCGCUUCCCUGCUCCGCCUCUCGGGGAAGGAAGGAAAUUUGUGACCCCCCUCUCUUCGUGCACCAUCUUUCUCAGCAGUUGUGUGUUUCCAAAGCCUGAGUCAUAGGUGCGUGACUCCAUUUCUCAUAUGUGUGACACACAGGUUGGGCGAGUUGCACAGUAUGGGGGCACCACGAGGGAGCUAUGGACACUGUGGGACAGGGAGUGCUCAGGCUCCAAAGCACAACUUUGAUAGCCUCUUGUCUGUGUGCCUGACCAGAGCCGACUUUCUUUUGCUCAACAAGGCCCGAUGUAGCCAGCGGAGCCCCCCCGCCCUCACAUCACGUUUCUUUGGUGUCGCCGCCAAGGAGGCACGUGGCUUCAUCUCGGUAGGACCGAUGUGAUUUCGGUGAAUUGUGCUGCUCUUGAAGCAGUCGUGCUGAGGAGCAACCAGCACUCAGAUGUCCGUGCCAUCUUUUUUCGAGAUCAUUAGUGUUUUAGCCCCCCUUUUCUCAGUGGCUUUGGUGUUGAUGGGGCCCCUCACUGGUUGUUGUUUUUUCUCGUUUUGUUGGCAGUUGUUCCUGGUGCCACGCUCCUCACUGAUUUUGUUUUCUUGUUUUGCAAGACUGAUGGAAAGAAUAUAUAUAUAUAUAUAUAUAAAUAGAGAGGGGGGAAGAUGCUUAAAUUGCAGGCAAUUUUGACAAGGGAUGCUGAACUUCUUUUACAUAGCUAGCCUUUUGGCAGCACGGCCUAGAGUGGGAAAUUGUAAUGGUCAAGCCGGUGGCCCUGUUGCACUUGCGAGGUUAUCUUUCUUUUAUGGUUGUGUGCUAUCGCAGCUAGAUACCAUGGGCCACUGCGGAGGGACACAGACAUUCUUAAUGGCUGUUUCUGUUGCUUCACAUAAGGCAGCUUGUUUUUUUAAAAUUUUUUUCUUUUUUCUAUACCUCACCUGCUGACUCAACAAGAUGUGUUUAUGGUGUGCCAUGUUUGUGGUAGCAUAAGCCUGUCCCACAUGGAAGACAAGUGUGCUGCUUGUUUCUUUCAGUGCCAACCAGGCGUUACGUUUAGAACGAGCAAGGGAACUAUUUCUGCGCUCAAGUCUCCUACGCACAACUUUGUUUUUUUCACUGUAUGAUUGUUGUUCCCAAAGAACCUCCGCGUCACUAUCUUUUUUUACACAAGCACAAGCUCUUUUCAUUUAUUCUGCCCCUGCUCCAUGCCACCUUACUACAGUUAAACCUGGAUAUAAUGAAAUUUACAAAUUUCUGGAGAAAUUCGUUAUAACAAGGAUUUCAUUAAAUGCAGGUUCGGUUUGAA